ACACACUGGAGUCACGUGAUUUCUGGCCUCCCAGCUUUUUGCAAAUGGUCGCUGCUCUUGCGUACGGCUGCUGCUAACGCGUGCUAAAACUCCUCUAAUUUUUGACCAAAACAUCUCCUGGACCUCUUCAUCCGCUGCUAUCAUCUACUUUAACGUGUUAUCCGCGCAGAAAGACUUCGAUAUGCGUGUUAAUUCAGGGGUACAAGCCGAGAUUUCGCGUUAUAAGAAGUAAUUCCGGUUCAAAGUGACCAUUGUUGAGUAGGGUCGAGAUUGUUAGCAUAGCAUUCCCCCUCACUUGGCGGACUUUCUUUUUCUUUUCUACCUGUGUACAGCGCAUAAAACAACGCAAAUCUGUUAGCGUGUUAUGAAAGAAAUGUCCAGUUCUGUGCCUAGUGGACAGCAGCCUCCCAAACACUAUGGCAUCACUUCUGCCAUCAGUCUGGCUCCUCCUCGGGACAUCGACCAUCAGUACACUGACAAACUGUGCGACGCCAUGAAGCCGUUCGGGGUGUUUGAGGACGAAGAGGAGCUCAACCACAGACUUGCAGUCCUUGGGAAAUUGAAUAAUUUAGUUAAGGAAUGGAUCGCAGAGAUCAGUGAAGCAAAGAACCUUCCUCCAUCAGCAAUAAGUUGUGUUGGGGGCAAGAUUUUCACAUUUGGCUCAUAUCGCCUUGGAGUCCACACAAAAGGGGCUGAUAUUGACGCUUUGUGCGUGGCUCCACGCCAUGUCGAGAGGACAGACUUUUUCCAGUCGUUCUUUGAGAAACUGAAGCAGCUCGAAGAAAUCAAAGAUCUGAGGGCUGUUGAAGAUGCUUUUGUGCCUGUGAUAAAGUUUAAAUUUGAUGGAAUAGAGAUUGAUCUGCUGUUUGCGCGUCUGGCUCUUCAGUCGAUCCCUGAUAAUUUGGACCUCAGAGGAGACUCUAUCCUCCGAAACCUCGACAUCAGAUGUAUCCGCAGUCUCAACGGCUGCAGAGUCACUGAUGAAAUCCUGUAUUUGGUGCCAAACAAAGAAAACUUCAGGCUCACAUUGAGAGCCAUCAAACUCUGGGCAAAACGGCGGGGGAUCUACUCAAAUAUGUUGGGGUUUCUUGGUGGAGUUUCGUGGGCGAUGCUCGUGGCCAGGACCUGUCAGCUUUACCCCAACGCUGUGGCAGCAACGCUCGUGCACAAGUUCUUCCUUGUUUUCUCUAAAUGGGAGUGGCCGAACCCUGUGCUUUUGAAACAGCCUGAGGACAGUAAUCUGAACUUACCGGUGUGGGACCCUCGAGUUAAUCCAUCGGACCGAUAUCACCUGAUGCCUAUCAUUACCCCAGCCUACCCCCAACAAAACUCCACCUACAACGUCUCUACAUCCACGCGAACCAUAAUGAGUGAAGAAUUUAAAUACGGUUUGAGUGUCACAGAUGAGAUUCUUCAAGGGAAAGCAGAAUGGUCAAAACUGUUUGAACCUCCAAACUUUUUCCAGAAAUACAAACAUUACAUAGUUCUCAGUGCCAGUGCAUCAACAGAAGAUAAUCACUUAGAAUGGAUUGGUUUGGUGGAGUCAAAGAUCAGAGUUUUAGUGGGAAACUUGGAAAGAAACGAGUACAUAAACCUGGCUCAUGUGAAUCCACAGUCCUUCCCGGGGUCAAAGGAGAACCGCGAAAAUGAUUAUAUGUCCAUGUGGUUCAUUGGGAUCCUCUUCAAGAAAGUGGAAAAUGCAGAAAGUGUCAACAUAGAUUUGACCUACGACAUACAGUCCUUCACAGACACAGUUUACAGACAGGCGAACAACAUCAACAUGCUCAAGGAUGGGAUGAAGAUUGAAGCGACACAUGUCAAAAAGAAGCAGCUCCAUCAGUAUCUGCCCCCAGAACUUAUACAGAAGAAAAAGAGGAGUAUAGCAGAGUUGAAUCGCAGCUCGAAUGGCGGUAGCUCCAAGCGUAUUUCUCUGGACAGUAGUCACUUGGACAGUUCCACAAACACAGACUCAGGGACCCCCAUCUGCUCCCCGGCCUCCAAGCCCCUCAAGCCCACCUCCGAAACGGAUGAAGGAGCAAGUCCUCCUAAACCACUGUUUGUGGAGAGCUCUCCUGUGUCUGCAUCUGAGGCCCCUGAGGCUGUGCAGGGAUCAAAGCCCUCAGUGAAACCCUCCAAGCCACCCUCUCCUCCUCCCGUUGCCGCAGUGUUGCCAAACGCAGCGAGCAGUCCCAAAGAAGAGUCAAAUGGUGCGGCGGACGAUUCUGUGAACGGAGCCAGUAUAAAACGACCUCACUCCCCGACUCAAGAGGAGCUCAGCAAGAGGCACAAGGACGAGGCUGUGUCGAACGAUGAUGCUACUUUCAAAGAGCCUUACCCUCCUUCAGACGUCUGCUCAGAAGGAAUGAAUGUUAAUACCGCAUCAAAGGCAAAACCCAUUCCAACCCUCGAUACCUCAAGAACACAGAGACUUCCCAGCAUGGAGCUGCCCGAUGCCUCGUCUCCUCUUCCGGCCAGUAACAGCUGCAGAGUCGUCAAGAACUCCAUCAAACUGGCUCUCAACCGCCACAACAUCACACCUCAAAAGCCCGCUGUGUUUGAGGCCCCUCCCCCCACAGAAACCCCUCCAGCUUCGGUCGCCACAGUCACAGCAGAGAAGGGCAUGUCCAUUCCCGUUAUUGGCUCAAAGCAUGUGUCUAAGCUGGGAGCGCCCCCUGUUGGCAGCUCCAUCCCCACGCUGGUGAGUCGAAGCACGGACCCUUUAAACGGCUCCUCCUCUAAAAGACCCCACUCUCCAUCAAUGGAGGAACAGGCCAAGCGACUAAAGGAGACCGAGAAGGCCCGAAUCCACAUAGCCUAAAACACAGUACAAUAUAUAGACUUUAAUACCAUUCUCACACUGAAGAUUUGACUGGCAACAGAACCGUCAACACUCUAAAAGUCAAAUUGAUCAUGGAUUUGAACAUUUUUUCUCAAAUUCAUUAAAAGCUCUCGAAAUAUUCUCACAAUUUUUUUUUUUUUUUUACUUCUGCCAUUGCGUUUGUAAGCAAUGGGAAACAAUUAGUUCAUUUACGUUUUAAAAAAGAAGUCCCAACUCUCUUUUUGAUUUUGUACAGUAAAUGUUGAUGUACAUAACUUUGUCUUAAAAAUCACUGUUUAAAAAGUCUUUGGAUCGCUCUAUUGUAGUUUUAUCUAAAAACAAGAAAAAAGUUUAAAAAAUUGUAUCUUUUUCUUCUAUUGCUUGUCAAAAAAAAAAUUGUCUCCAGAUCUGAGUUUUUGGAAAUGUUUGGGCUUAAAGGAGGGAUUUUUUUUUGGAUCAUCACGAAGAGACAGUUCAGGUUGGUAUCAGAUUACAGUGAGUAGCUUAAAAGAACGAAUGGAUGUGACUAUAUGAAGCUAUUUCUAACUGUAAAAAGACACAUCUUUAAAACUGGAUUGUCCAAACUUGGUCCAGAGAGCAAAAUUGAUACUGUCCAUUGCAACCAUUUUAAAGCAUUUUUAAAAGAAGGCAUUCUAGUCCUUUAAUCUCAAAGUAAAUUAUUUAUCAAAAAUGUCCAAGAAAGUCAAUUUUUUUGUUCUUUUGUGGCUUAUGACUUAUUAAAUUAACCAGUUAACCAGUUAAAAUGAUUGCAAAUCUUGUUUACAGUAAGGUAAUGUAUUUUAUAUCAGUUGUUCAUUCUCAGUUUUCAAAAUGACCUCCCAAAACAAGUUCAAAUAAGACAAAAAUAAUAAUUAAAAAUGUCAAUUGUUUAAAUACAUGAAUGUGCAUCAUUGACUUUAAAAUCAGAUUGUGCUUUACCAGCUCAAGUUUUUGUGGCCUUAGCAAUGCAAUUGAUUGUUAACAUUCAAAAUACAGUGCAGUACAUCAUUGAAAUCUUUGGACCAAUUUGCUUUUGAACAAGUUUGGACUCUUGUUUUAUAUCAAUUGUACUGGACAUUUUGGUAUAACACCAACCAAAACGCUUAAGUUCAGCGUCUCAGAGCCUUAGCUGCUUGCUCUUAUUUGAAUUCACUCUCAAAACUUCUUAAUCCAUUCUUUUAUCAUAACUUCUCUUUAAACCACGACCCCCAUCCCCACCCUAACCUCAUUUUUCCCUGGUUAAUCGUUUGUCUUGGCUGCUUCGUGGACAAAAUCUGUUAAAAUGUGUAGUUUCUUGACGUAUGCAUGUGUAUUGGGGUAUCUGGGGAAUGAUUUCGAAUGGUUGCGUGUUGUGUUCGAGUGCAUGCAUCGUUGGUUGUGAUUUUUGCGAGAAAGAUUGAAAUUCCCGGUAGUUUGGGUGUUGCCGCUGCGCCUCCCGUGGAGGUUCUUAAACACAUUUGGGCAUCUCCUCCUCUUGGGGCCAUGGAUGGGGGUCCGGAGACAACUUUUUUGUGUUUUUCCUAGUUUUUUGGUCAUGUUUUUUCAAGUAAGACUGAAUUUUAAGUGCAAUUCAAAUGGAUGGAUAAGUAUUGUAUGAUGGGUCUAUUAGAUGCAAAGAAUUUGAGGAUAGGCUGUUACUAUUUAAAGAUAUACUAUGUACUUUUUCUGGAGUGUCCACCGCCUGCUUAUCUGGAGAUGUGGCUUUGUCUUAGAUGUUUCACAGUAUGGCAUUAAACCUGUCCGUCUGUAUUUAAUUACAGCUGUUUUUCAAAAAUACUUUAAAAAAUAUGUGUUCUGAAUGGUCUUGCGUCUCCACCUGGUCCUUGGGGGUGUCACUUUUUUGUCUCCAUGAAGAUAAAUAUGUUUAUGGAGAUGAGAAGAUGCAUACUUUUUACGGAAAAGUUACAUAAUGCACCUUUUGUUGUGAUAUUACAUACUGUAGUGAACAAUUUAGCUUCCAUAGAAUGUAAUUGGUUUAUAUUAAUACAAUGCUUGUCCAUCCCUUAAAAGUUGUGCAUCAAAAUCCGUUUUAUUUGAAAAAUUGUGACAAACUCUUUUCUUUCUUUGUACAGAUACGGUUUUUGAGAAAAGGCAUUCAUCAAAGGGGUUUUCUUAUGAUAUUAUUUAUAUUUGCAUAUUUGUACCAUGUGAUCUUUUUUUAAUAGCAUUCAUAGCAGGUAGGUUCAUAUUUUUUUCCACAUGAAACCUUUGACCACAUGUUUUUGCUGUUUGAAAACAUUUAAACAGAAAGCAGUCAUUUAGACGUUCGUUUCUAAAUUGUAACAAAUUGGUAUUUUUCUAUGUGUUUAUCACUUCCUUUAAUGAAUCCGUACAAAACAUUAAACCCCUUU